AUGCAAGCACCCUUGGCUAGCCGGAAAUCCUACUUCUUCGGCACGAGCUGGGAGCAGAGAUGGUGGCCAAGACAAGAUCGCAACUCGGGUCGUCUCGCUGUCUCUUCUCUUGCACGGGACUGCCGUCUUUACGUGGCACGGCACGAGGUGAUGUUCGCAGGUAGUUAUAACAGUAAUAUUCGCAGAGCUGGUGAUGACUCGUUAUCUCCCACUCGUCCAAGACGUCCAAAGCUUCCUUCUCUCUUGCUCGGAUUCGGGGAUGAAGGCGUCGACGCGCGCCCGGGUUUUUCGAAUGUUUGCUUGCUUCACCUGGCCUUGCUCCCUCUCUGCCCACCCCGCGCCGAGCAGGAUCACGGCUCGCCUUUUGAACCCACUACCACGGCCCUGAGCCUGCGCCGCAGCCCGCUCGCGGCACCGCAGCGCAGCGCAACGCAGCGCAACGCAGCACAAGGGCCCGUCAGUUCAGGCCGUUGA